AUGAGUGAUUAUGAAAUUUUGGAUCCAGCUCAAAAUGUGCCAAAGCCUGAUGAUGAGGCUGGACCACCUUCGACACCAAUGUUAUCCAGCGUAAACCAGUCACUUGUUGCUGCCGGUCCAGCAAUUGGUGGAAGCAAAAGAGAAAACGAAAAUAGCAUGCAAAAAGGCAAAGCUAUAUUGGGUAAGAAAGAUGCUGAAAUACAAUUGAAACACCAAAAACGAAAGGGAAAAAGUGGUGGAAAAAUGAUUAAAAGGCAUAAUAAUGAUAUAAAAUUAUCAGAAAAAGAGUAUGGACAAACAAACGGUGAUUAUCAAUUCGAAGAAAUUUACGGUAAUUUUUUAGGAAAGCGCAAUUAA